GACCGCACCGCGCCCCAUGAUGUUCCCAACAGCUGACAGACGGUGAAAAGCCUCUGCCGGAGCUGUCGGUGGAGUAUCCUCUCGUCGGUAGCCAGAAACGAACUGAAAAUACCAAGCCGAGCGUUAUCGGACUGAACGGCUUCGCAAACCCCGGGGCUGACCAUCGAGCGUCUUGUUUUGUUAAAAGGGGUGAAGCGAGAGAGAGAGAAAAAACAACUACAACAUUUAGUUGUUUUCUUUUUUUUUAAUCCUGACUUUUCCAGAUUGGGAUCUGGGGGACAUUUGGUGUCAGCUAACUUCCACAAUAGGUCGCUGCGUCGCUGGACGGCUGCAUAUGUUUUAUUUGAGCUUAACGGUUUGACUCCAGCCCUUCCAAGCCGUGCCCAAUGCUGAGGAAUGGAUAGUGUGUCUGUUAAAGGUGGGAAGAUGGUCGAGAGUGAUGAUCAGCCGGAGAGGGAUAGUGGCGGUGGCGCAGCGAUGGCCGCACUACAUCAAUGCGAACUCAUCCAGAAUAUGAUUGAUAUCUCCAUCUCCAGUUUACAGGGGCUACGGACCAAAUGCGCCGCGUCCAACGACCUCACGCAACAAGAAAUACGCACUUUAGAGGUGAAGCUGAUGAAAUACAUCUGUAAACAGCUGCAGUGCAAGCAGAAAGUGCCAGAGACAGAAAGGCCCGAGGCCCUGGACAGCUACCCACACCUACGAGAUUGGCUACGCACCAUCAACCUGCGACCGGAGCUCAUCGAGGCAGUGGAAGCAAAGUUGUCCCUGGAUGCCUUACUGCAGAUGACAGGUGCUCAGGUGAGGGACACAAUGCGAAGACUAGGGUCCAGUUCAGAGGAAUGUGCCAGGCUCAGUGCUGCCCUCUCCUGUCUGAAGAGUGCAACUGAAUCAGGAGGUGAGCUGAGGGAAGACAGCAGUCCCUGGCUGUCUGAGCCCACCAGAAGGGACAGCGGCUCCCUACUGACUGCGGACCAGCUAUCUGGCCUGGGGACUCCACUCCGCCCCCACAGUCCCUCGCCUCUAGCCCGCCCAUCCACCAUCCAGUCCACCCCAUCCACGCCCUCUGCGACCUUCCCCCAUCCCCGCUCGGGCUCGGUGUCGGCGGUGCCCACGCCCGAGGCGCUGGCGUCGCACAUCCACGGGGAAAGCCCCCUCACGGAUCCAUUCCCCAUGUCCUUAGCUCGCACGGCCCGGCUCCACGGCCACACUUCCACACCGCCCAUAACUCCACCCUCGAAGAGGCGUCACCGACUGAAGCCCCCCUGCACCCCUCCCCCUCCCUCCCGCAAAGUGCUGCAUCUGCUUCCCAACAUCACCCUGACGCGCAGCAAAAGCCACGAGUCCCAGCUGGGCAACCGCAUCGAAGACCCUCCCACCAACAAAUGUGUUAGAAAGAAUAAGUUGUUCCUAAAUAUGCAAGUCAACGGGAACGGAUGCGAGGACCUGCCUUCUCGCUACCCCGCCAUGUCUGCGCGUACCCCAGGAGUAACCCCAGCUGCCACCACAGCACCUUACACCCUGCCUGGCACGCCCACCCUGUUGGAAGAGCACAGCACCAUUAAGAAUAACGUAGCAGUGCAUCGCAGCUCCCCACAAGCAGUGAGGAGGGACAUAGGUCUAGCGGUCACACACAGGUUUUCGACCAAGUCCUGGCUGUCCCAGACAUGUCAGGUGUGCCAGAAGAACAUGAUGUUUGGGGUUAAGUGCAAACACUGUCGGUUAAAGUGCCACAACAAAUGCACGAAGGAAGCUCCAUCCUGCAGAAUCUCCUUUCUACCAAUUGCCAAAAUUCGGAGAACAGAGUCCGUUCCAUCUGAUAUAAACAACCCUGUGGACCGGCCGCCAGAAGCGCCGCAGUUUGGCACGCUACCAAAGGCCAUAACAAAAAAGGACCAUCCUCCAGUGCUGAACCAGCUGGACUCCAGCAGCAAUCCGUCCUCCACCACUUCUUCCACACCUUCCUCCCCAGCGCCAUUCCAGCAGAGCAACCCCCCCAGCGCCACUCCACCACCCAACCCCUCACCCAAAGGUCACCGGGACAGCCGCUUCAACUUCCCAGCUGCCUGUUACUUUCAGCAUAGACAGCAGUUUAUCUUCCCCGAUGUCUCCAGUCCUGCUAAUUUGCACUCUGAUGUCCUACAAGACACUGUGAGUGAGAUAGAGCAAUCAGCAGAUGACAUACAUGCAGAACUGGUAGAGGAUGAAGACGAAGAGGAAGGGGAGGAGGAAAUCGAGGUCGAAGAUGAAGAUCCAGAGGCAGAGGAGGAGAAUGAGGAGGACGAUGAGGAGAACGAGGAUGAGGGAGAGGAUGAGGACGACGGGGAGGAGAUCAGGAUGAACGUGGGCUCCGACGGGGAGCUGGAUGGCGAUGAGUUGGACGAUCUGCCCAGUUCUCGGGGGAACCAGUGGAAGGGCCCCAUCUCCCGCAAGGCGAGUCAGACCAGCGUCUACCUUCAGGAGUGGGACAUCCCCUUUGAGCAGCUGGACCUCGGAGAACUCAUAGGCAAGGGACGCUGGGGCAAAGUACAUAAGGGCCGGUGGCACGGCGAGGUCGCCAUCAGACUCCUGGAGAUCGACGGGAACAACCAGGACCAUCUGAAGCUCUUUAAAAAGGAGGUGAUGAACUACAGACAGACCAGGCAUGAGAAUGUGGUCCUCUUCAUGGGGGCCUGCAUGGCUCCACCCCACCUAGCCAUCAUCACCAGUUUCUGUAAAGGGAGGACACUGUACUCAGUUGUUAGAGACACUAAAAACACUUUGGAUAUUAACAAGACGAGACAAAUUGCUCAGGAGAUUGUAAAGGGAAUGGGCUACCUGCACGCUAAAGGCAUCGUUCACAAAGAUCUGAAGUCAAAGAACGUUUUUCACGACACCAAUAAAGUGGUGAUCACCGACUUCGGGCUGUUUGGGAUCUCUGGAGUUGUUCAGGAGGGGAGGCGUGAGAAUAAACUAAAACUCCCACACGGCUGGAUUUGUUAUCUCGCACCAGAGAUUGUGCGCAGGAUGAGCCCAGGUAACAAUGAGGACCGCCUCCCUUUCUCCACUGCAGCAGAUGUGUAUGCUUUUGGCACCAUUUGGUAUGAGCUUCAAGCUAGGGACUGGCCAAUCACGAACCAGCCUGUGGAAGCUACCAUCUGGCAGGUGGGGAGCGGAGAGGGCAUAAAGAAGGUCUUGGCCGAGAUCAGCCUGGGCAAGGAGGUCACUGAGAUCCUCUCUGCCUGCUGGGCAUACGACCUGAGAGACAGGCCGACCUUCACCCAGCUGGCCGACAUGCUGGAGAAGCUGCCCAAACUCAACCGCAGGCUGUCCCACCCGGGACACUUCUGGAAGUCUGCAGAGUUGUAGCAGUCGCUCUGAAACAUAAAGCAAUGCAAAACAAAAGCCUGGGUCUGCCUUGCAUGCUCCUGAAUCCUUAACUCUUACAGGAUUGAUCAAAAAGCAUUGCCCUCUGCCUGAAACAGACACUGCUUCCCACUAAUCCACAAGUCUGAUCUUCCAUGUCUAACCGUUGGUUGCGUUUUCCUGUCGGGAAGAGAGGAUCGGUGGACUGAGGUGUGGCGGGGGGGGGGCUCCCACUACCCCCUCCUUUCGCCUAAUAUCUCUUUGCCUUCUUCUUUUUUUUUUUUUAAGUUGUUUUGGGUUUUUGUCCCGUAACGUUGCGCAAGACUUCUGAGGCUUGUGAUUAAAACCGGCGGCUUGUGGUGUCCGUUUGCUGAGACUUGACUGGCCUGGUCUGUGCCUGCUGAUGGCUGAAUCUGUCCUCGGCCUGCUCCCCACCCCCUCUUCUCUGUUGCUGCUGUGAUGUGGUUGUUCUUGCCGGGGGAGGGUGGAGGGGUGGGAUGGGGCCCUGACCACAUGUCUCCUUUGUUUUGUGUUUUUUUUUUUCACUCUCUCUCUCUCUCUCUCUCUGUUUCUCUCUCUUUCUCACACACAUACAACAAACACACCGCUGGACAUAAAAUGAACCCUACUACCAAAAUGGACCACUUCAUUUAUCUAUGUUUUUCCCUGAGGGGUUUGACACACGUUUGACAGUCUGGCUGCUUGAGUGAUGUUCUCAAACCAACUGCCUCUCUAGUCCUUUCCCUCGGUUUUCCCUUUUUUUUUUCCCCUCCAAUGGUUGUGUGAUGGCAUGUGCUGAGAUGUUCGCCAGCCCAUGUCUAGACGCAAUAUGCACUUUGUCAACAGGAGAGAAAUAAUCAUGAACUCUUUUUUUGUUGUUUAGUUUGGGUUUUGAAUAGUCAUAUUUGCAGUGUUUUCUUCUUCAGGAGGGUCUCAGAGACUCAGACAGCGUGAUGAUAUGCUCACUUGUAUGUUGUCUUUUUAUUUUUAUUUGGAGUAUAACCUGUUUGAUUCACUGUUUGUUGGAUGCAUUUGAAAGCAGGGCACUGACAAAGACUUCUGUACACUAGGCUGCGGUUGAAAAAGAAACAGGUGAAAUAUUCCCAUCAUCACUCAAAAUCCACACGGGAAUAGAAUAAUGCUGGCUAUUUAUGAUUAAAGACUUUUUAAUAAUAGUGUCCAUCCAUUGAAGUGUAAAGUGCACUUUAUAAGAAUAUGAGUUCCUUAGAAAGUUCCUUCUUUCAAGAAGCUGAGUGAUUUUCAUUCUCUGCGCAAAAAAAGGAAAAAAAAAAAACAAAAGAUAAAUCAGGAACCUGGCGCAAAAGUGUCCUAUAUCUUCCUAAAACAUUACCUCUUGUGCGCGCUUGUGCAUACUGUUUGUGAUUGCUGGCUUCAGUUGGUGUGCUUGUAUUUAUGUGUUGUGUGUGGGUGCACGUGCGACUGGGUGAGCGUACUGUGUCGGAAUACGUAGGUUCGGUUUUUUCGUGAAAGACUGCAGUAAAUGUUGUGUUUGCAAAUCCAAUGGUAUGUAAUGUACAUACAUUAUUUAAUGUAUAGCAAAUUAACAUGAUUCUUCUAAUAUUUGUAUAAACAUUUUAUAUGUAAACGACAUCACGACAUUUUUGAAUAGGUACUGCUAUGGCUAUUACAGAUGUGUAUAUAUAUUUAUAUUUUUUUCAUGUAUAAAAUACUGUAUAAAAAGCUGUACAAUUUUUAGAAUGGGCCAAUACAUGUUUUUUUAUGUUACUGUAAAAAUUCAUAUUUUUGUAUUGCAUGUGACUACCAUUCUGUACACGCAGUUUCUGUUUUCAUCCAUGGAAGACAAUAAAAUGAGGCUUGUCAUGUAACAGAA